GGCACCUCAGUGGAUGAGCGCCGGGGGAAUCCUGUACUGAAGUCGAUUUUAAGUUGUAAACAUGUUACCACUGCGCGCUUAUAGAAUUAGUUGUGUUGUUUUAUCCGAAUGGUGACAUCAUGUUGACCCCAUCACUGUAGCUAGGUUAAAUACCGACGCACGUAUUGAGGUGGUGUGCUGUUUUCUAUUAAAAAGAGAGUGAGUCAUCGGGGAUAGUGCGGAGUGUAAUUUAGCUUUGCUUUGGAAGUGUGACACAUAGACCAUGUCCAAACUUGGAAGGGGAGGGUCUUUGGUCAGCUGUUGUGUCGGGCACUUUCUGGACUUUGCUAUGUAUCAUAGAACUCAAACUCAGGCGGAUGUAUAAAACAGCUUAGCUAUUUACUGAUUUCAGUUAUCUUUGGUCAGACGGAAACGGAAGGUCAGUCUUCCCAUCAAAAAGUAUUUCAUAGUGGGAAAACUCUUUGAAGUUGCUGAGAGCUGUUACAUUCAACGCAGAGCGAUUUUCUGGCUUGAUUUUUUUCAAAGAGGUAAUGGUAACAGCUCAGUUUCCUGAAGUUGCUGACAACGGAUUAAUUUCUACACUUUAUAAAACGACACUUUGUUAAGAUUCCCUUAUUCUUUACGGCGUCGCACCAUGGGAGAUGGGGAUUACUAUACGUUGGGGAGCAGGCAAAGGGCACCGAGAGAUCCUUUUAGAGAGCAGUCUAUGGCAUCUCGCUUUAUGGAUGAAGACUUUGGAAUGCCCUUCCCCGAAGACCUCUCAAUGGACUGGCCUGGCUGGGCACGGUCACGGCUGAGCACCCGACUUACCCCACCAUGGACGGGGGGCUUGCGCACGGGGUUCCCCCGUACAUCAAUGGGCUCGCCCACCGUGUACAGCUCGAUGUACAGCGAGCCUCGCAGCUCACCCACGCCUAACCCAGACGAACCGUGGAAAGUGUGUGUGAAUGUGCACAGCUUCAAACCGGAGGAGCUUAACGUCAAAACUAAAGACGGUUUUGUAGAAGUGUCAGGGAAACACGAAGAGAAGCAGGAUGAGGGAGGCAUCGUGACUAAAAACUUCACAAAGAAAAUUCAGAUCCCGGUAGAUGUUGACCCUCUCACGGUGUUCGCCUCGCUCUCUCCCGAGGGGGUGCUCAUCAUCGAGGCGCGCCAGACGCCGCCAUAUUACCUCUACAGCAGCGAGAUGCCCAGGGACGAGCCCGUGGCAGCGGCAGCGGCAGCAGCAGAGGCAGAGCCCAACCCUCAGGAGGCCAACGUAGCAUAACUUGGCAAACAUCACCAUGCCCCUUGCAGUAUUAAAGGCCAUCCAGCUAAUCCAAUAGAUGUUUUUCCCUCCCUCCCUCCCUCCCCCCUCUCUCUCUAUCUCUCUCUCUCUCUCUGUCUGUCUGUCUAUCCCUCCCAACGGCUGGGGCUUAGGCCCACAGUGUGAGGUGAAUGGCUGUCUUAUGAGCUCUAUGCCCGAGCACCUUACACACAAGAUUUUGAUGCUCCCCGAAGAAAGGCACAUAGCCUCAAGCCCUCUUAGAUCUGGAUUGGAUUUGAGCUGGAGGUCUUCCUGUUUCUGUUAGAUUGCCAACCGUUUUGACUUCCGUCAUACCCUUUUUAUACGUUUUUAAACAUAAAACGGGCUUUAUAAUGGGGUGGACAAUAAGGCAUUUAGGUAAACACGAGUUCUGAAACAUGCAGUGAAGUAUUACAUUACAUACAGUAUGUGGUAUAGCGGUUUGUGGGUUGCCUUGAGAACAAGUAGAUUGUAUGUGUUGCUAUGUUCUGUUAUCACAGGUGAGAAUUACUUUGAGAAUUAUGUUGAGGGACAAAAGAUCACUUGCUGAAAAAACCCUCAGAUGCCUAGAUAUUGCAAACAGAUAGUGUAUGUACCCCCCAGAUGGUGUAUGUGCCCCACAUAUAGUGUAUGUAACCCCCAGAUAGUAGCUCUGCUACUGAUUCACAUUAGAUCAGGGCUAGAUCAGGGGGGUAUUCCAAGUACCUGGUUUAGUAACAUACCUGGGUAAAUUAACUCAGGUAAACCUCCUGAUAGAAGAGCCAUAUCGCUUUUCUUUUCUAGGAGAAUAAAGCCAUAGGGCCCUUCUAUAAGAAGGUUUACCACUUACUCUUAGUUACCACUUACUCUAAGAGUUAAAUUAUUCAGAUUGAAUUAAACCACGUACUGGGAAUACCCACCAGGUCAGAUCAGGGUCAUAUCCAUAGCAGCUAGCACAAAACAAAAAAAACAGAAAGGUGAAAUACUAUCUUCCAUGACGUCCUCACCAGUCUACCAUGGAAAUGCUUGUCUUUCCUCCUAACAGGCAACUCCAUCUUCUGUAUGCAGUGUGUUUGUUUAACCUUGCUAGCUUUGUGUUUUGUGUAAAGACUGAAGCACAUAAAAAUCAAUGCGCCAUUGACCAGUUAAUGAGGUCAGCUGUGUAGCAGAUAGGGAAGUGUUCCCUUAUUGGCGAUGCAUUGAUGCUUUACUCAUUGUAAAUAUAUAAAUCAAUAUAUUAACCAGUCUGGUCAUGGGAGAUUAUUACGAUUUUAAUAGAGGUCUUACAAAAUGAUGUUUUUUUUAAUUAUGUGUGGUGAAGAUGUAUUCUCUACAAAGUGAAUGAAAUUUUACCAGACUUAUACCAGAUGCCUUUGUAUUGUAUGUACAUGCAAUAAUAUUAAUAAUAAUAAUAAAAACAACCUUCUCUCACUA